AUCGGUGCACUGAACGACGAUGUGCUCGACCUCAUCGUCGAGGCGGCCUCCCUUGUCCAAGCUAUCCCUGCUCUCUCCAGAACAUGCCGAAGAAUCAGGCUGCGCUGCCUGCCGAGUCUUUGCAGGGAAAUUAACUUGCAAAUCCGCGUUCCCAUCAUACCCAUGACAUUCAUCCCCGAAGCACUGCGUACAUAUGUCAGCAUCCUCCAUUUCAACGACCUGUGCGAAGAUAUACCCCGUGAAGAAGAUCUGCAAGACGCGCUCGAGCGUCCCCUGUGCUUCACAAGCAACCCCAUCUUAUGUGGAGCUUAUAGCACGCCCUUCCUCGCUACCGCGUUGGAGAGCAUGCCCCGACUGCACACUCUGUCGUUCAAUCUCCUCUGGCAACCAAUCCACGGCAUCCCGUGGUCGGUCAUGCAAAUGGUCCUCGCUCUCCCUACCCUCAGAAACCUCGCAAUCAAUGGUCAUCGGAUUGCUCCCAGCCUGUCGCCAGAGGAGGAGCUCGUCCUUCACCAUUGCGCACCUCUUACCUCCUUCCAGCACACCAUGUCCGAUUAUCGUUGGUGGCGAGAACAAAAUUAUCCGGACGAGAGGCAAGCACUCUUGCUCGUUCUCAACAGGACCCACGCUACCCUCGAAACGCUGGCGCUCGUGGCGGACUUGUCGCCUCUCCACGAAAUAUUCACUACACCCGAGUGGCCGAACCUCUGCGAAUUACGCCUCCGUGGCGAGUGCAAGACGACCGGAGACCCCUCCAUCCCAUUCAUCACACUGUUUGCAAACAUGCCCCGCCUACGACAUAUAGAGCUGAAGCUCGCGCAACCCAAGGGCGUCGAUCCCCAGCCGUUCUGGCCGCCUGGCCUCCAUGUUGUAGAGUGGCCGUGGCCGAAUCUCCGCCACCUCACGCUCUCUUGUCCACACGUCGACGACCAAAUCUACGGUGCACUUCCGUCGACGCUUGAAAGCCUCGCGCUGCGUUAUACCCCUCAUAAGCUGCGUAACGUACGGAAAUUCACAGACGUGCGCUAUCAGUGGCCACUCGUGAGGUCUUCGGAGAUGCUGCAAAUUUUACGACGAUGCCGGUGCCCGCGCCUCACCAGUCUAGAGUUGGAAUAUCGCGAGGACGAGGCGAACGCAGAGCUCAUGCAGCAUAUCGGCGCGUCGUAUCCUGCGCUGACCUCAUUCAAGCUGCUCAGGUAUCGUGCGGACGAUGAUGCUGAGGCCGGCCCAUUGGAUCCACUCCUCCGCAUGGUGGGAGCACAUCCCCGCCUCCAGCACAUAUGUCUCCACGUAGACCACCCAGACACCACGGCGUCCUUCUACCACCCCACGGGAUACAGAUUCGAGAUCGUGUACCACACAACUCGGCUAGAGUCAUAUUUGGCGUUGACACAGUCGCUCGCGGACAGCCUGGCGAGCGCAUCAGGCCCGUCGCUGGAGACGAUCACGCUCUGGGCGCCAUACUUCUACUUCCCGUUUCCUUGGUUCUGGGAGGACUUUGCCGUGGUCCGAGACGAUGCUACGGGGACAGGCAUGCGCGCUCAUCCCGUCAAGCCGCGUAGUCGCUCAGCACCAACUAAUUGAUACACUGUACCGCACACCAACACAGUAAUACUUAUCUCCCUCCGGCACGUCGGUGUCGUUCGGUUCCCGGCGUGGAAAGGUAUCGUGUAUGUCAUAGGAGAGGACGCCCAAGUAGUACGAAUUGAUUACACCGUUCGUACACU